UAAAACAUGUAGUCUGAGUAGUUUGUUUCGUCGUGCAAUAGGCUAGAAUCUAUUUGAGUUUUACAACAGCACAAACACCGGACGUUUACAUAGCGUUUCCAAACAUGGACGACGAACACAAGGAAGAGAAGAGACCCAGCAGUGGGUUUUCGUUUGGUUUUCAAAAAAGACAAGAAGUAAAGCAGCUUUCUAAGUCAGCAGUGGGCGAGAAUGUUGAUGGGGAAGAUGAGAGCAAAGAUUAUGUUACUUCUUUGGAAGGUAAGGAAGUAAAGUCAUCGAAAGGUGGGGACAAGUCAGGAUCCGAGAACCACGAGUAUGUGAUCCCGUUGAUACGCCAAAAUAAGUGGAGAGUAAAUGAAAAGGAAGGUUCUCAAAAUAACGUGAAAAAAGUUCAGGAGAAGGGUUCUGAUGCACUAAAUGGACAUGAUGAAAUAAAUGAUAGCCUAGAGCAAAAGGCUGCGAAGGAGAUUCUUCAGGAAACGGCAAGAUACAAUGAAACGUGGGAAGAUCGUGGAAAAGUUGACACAACCCUAGCUAUUCCACUUUUGAUGCAAAACAAAGUUCCAGAAGGGUUUGAAUCAGAUGAAAAGUUAGAUGUUGGUCUUCGUCCUGAUGAACCCCAUGAUGCAGACUACGAUCAGAUACCGAUUGAACAUUUUGGAAUGGCAAUGUUGAGAGGUAUGGGUUGGAAUGAAAGCCGUGGCAUUGGGAAGAAAGGAAAAGUAAUAGCCCCUGUUGAAGCUCAGUUAAGACCCAAAGGGCUAGGUUUAGGUGCUGAAAGAAGCAAUUCUGGUACAAACAAAACUGAUGGCAAAGCAAAGACUUCUAGUGCUGAGGAAGAGCAACUUGUAUUGAAAAAAAGUGCCUUUUGUAUUGUUACUAGUGGUGUAAACAAAGAUUUGUAUGGAGUUGUGGAUGGAAUUGAUGAAGACAACAGUCGUUUGAUGGUGAAAUUGUCUCUCAGUGGAAAAACAAUUAGCAUAAUGCAGUGCAAUGUGCGUGUUGUGAGCAAGGUGGAAUAUGAAAAAUAUUCCAAGUAUAUCAACAAGAGUAAAGCAGACAAGUACACUGAAGAUGAGAAAAAGAAAUUGUCUGAAGGAAGUAAAAAUCGAAAUGGUCAUGAUAAUCAUGAGGGUAAAAGUUAUAAGAGAGAUAGAGGACAAAGUGAACUGUCAGAAUCUGAUGAAAGCCUAAAAUCAUCAAAGCACAAACACAAAAAGCAUAAAAAAGAUAAAAGGUAUGAAGAUGAUAGAGGAGAUUCCUCUUCUAAGAGAAGCAAAAGUGAAAGACAUCACAAAUCAAAUAGAGAUGAAAAAAGAGGUGAAAAUUCAAAACAUGAACGGAAAAAUCAUUCGAAAUAUGAUUCGUCUGAAUCUGGCAGUGACAUGGAAGUGGAGGAAACUGUUCAGAGUCAAAGACCGUGGCUACGCAAUGAUCUGAGAGUUCGUAUAAUUGACAAAGACUUGAAGAAGGGACGAUAUUACAAAGAAAAGGUUGUUGUGGUUGAUGUUCCUUUCCCAGGAUCGUGCAUCUGCAGGACAGAUGAUGGCAAAGUUGUCGAGGGUGUUUCCCAAUCAUCUGUUGAGACUGUGAUUCCUCGCUCGGACGAUGCCCACGUGGCUAUUGUGUCGGGUUCUCACCGUGGACAGAUUGGAAGGAUCAUGAAGCGCGACAAGGAUCGCUGUCUAGCCCUAGUGCAGCUCCUCUCUGACAGAGACACAGUUCUCAAAUUGUUGUAUGAUGACAUCUGUGAAUACCUGGGGGAUGUGCAUUCUCAUGAGGAUUACUAAUGUAUUCUGUCUUGUAUGUUUUUGUAAUUAUUGUCUAGCAGGCACAUUAUGAGACCAACGGGGAACGAAAUCUUUUCAUUUCAUCACAAAUUAUACGUUGAAAUUCAGGUUAUAUCAGGGGAAAUAAACAAAGUAGGAUUGACAAUUGGGUAACAAUUCUGCAUGAGUUAUGCCCCUAAUAACAUGCCAACAUGCUUGUUGGUUUGUUUUAUAGUAGAGCUGUGCCUAAUGAACUUCAAAUUCAACAUACAAUUUUUGUGCUAUUCACAGCUAUUUGAAGCGUGGCAGUACCGUUCGAAUACUGUAUGAUUUCCUUUCCUCUAUUUGAAAUGAAAAUUUCAUGAAGAUUGGAUGAAACAUUGGGGAGUUAUUUAAAAAAGUAAAUUUAGAAAAACCACGUUUCCAGAAAAUGGGCGAAAAAUAAAAAUAAAAGAUUGACUUAAUGAAGAAAUGGUGGUGACAAACACGCCCGGUAUGGGAAGAAAUAUGGCUUUAGGGGGUUCUUAUGCAAUGAAAUAGUUGUAAGAGAAGCCGAAGAAGCUAAAUCUCCAGUUUUUAGCCGAAUCGGGACUUUCGAGGUGCUGCCCCCCCCCCCUCGCAUUGUGGGUGUUUUUAAUACAAAGAAAUAUAUACUUAAAUUGGACCUGAAAUUUGUUGGCUAUAUGCAUAGUGGAAUGGAUGUAUUUCUGAUAUAUUUCUAGAGCAGCAUUUUAAUUUUUUUGCUGAUUGGAUAAAAGGAAGCCAUAAUGUGUUCUGCUUUUAAAAGAAAGUACUGGUUCUAUAUUUAAAUUUAUUUUGUCUGUUGGUUUCCUUUGAAGGUUUGAAAGAGGGUGGUGGGAGACUUUGCUUAUGAAAUGUUUCCUGAUAAAACCAAGUUAUUGUAGGAAAAAAGAGCAUGAAAAUACCUUUUUUUAAAAUCCUCAGACCAUGUUGAAACUGAUGGGAAAUUAACUGAUUUUCAUGUUAAUAGGUUGAUACAGGUAGCCUACAUGUAGUUUUUUUCCCCCCAAGUAACAUUAGAAUUAAAAUAUUUUGUUCCCAGUUCAAGUAUUUAGAAUUUAAUGUGCAAAUGGCAUUGCCCAGAUUCAAAUGUGGUGUACUAUAUUUAUUUUUAUGAUAUCAUAUAUAGAUGAAAGUUUUUAUUGCUUCAGACAUACCAUGUGCACAAAAUAUGAUUUAAGAUGUCCUUUAUGUAGGCUACAAUCAAAUCCUGGUGUGCCACCAACUUGGGGACGGGCACGGGGUUGGCAGUAUAGUGGGGCUAGCGGUGGAAUGUGUUUCAAUGCCAUCCUCUGUUAAUAAGUUAAUAUUUUUAGUGUUGACUGCCCAAUACUCAAGGGAAAUGAUACUGUCUUGACUAGAUUACGGACAAUAUUAUUAUGAGUUAUUUCCCCUUAUUAAAAAAUUUAAUGUGAUGGCCCAAUGUGAUAGAAAAAAAA